AGAGUAAUAUGAUUAUGUUAUGCAUUGAUUUUAUUUAUUUGUGGAAAAAGCUUUUAAAAGUUUUUAUGAAAAAUAAGGCUUUGACAAUGAAUUCGGGGCGGAGUUUGCUCCCCUCCAUGAACCCCAUUAUUAGAAAGUUGGUGCCACAUUCCAUUGUUCACCACGUUCUUUCUCUCAAACUAUAUCAUUUUUCCAUUUUCUUUCCUUUCUUUCUUUUUCUUUUUCUUUCUUCUUUUUUCUUUUCUCUUUUCCUCUUUGGUUUCUCAUUUCAUACAAAUCUUUUUAUCCUUUAUUUCUCUAAAUCAUAAAUGAUCCCCAUCUCUCCUUUCCUUGCAUAGAUAGAAAGAGAGAGAAAAAAAAUUGUUCAAAUUUUGGGUCUAUCAAGUAGAAGAAGAAGAAAUGUUGCAGAGAGCUGCAAGCAAUGCAUAUUCAUGGUGGUGGGCUAGCCACAUAAGAACAAAGCAAUCCAAAUGGCUGGAGCAAAACCUCCAAGAUAUGGAGGAAAAGGUGCAAAUUGUACUAAAACUCAUUGAAGAGGAUGGAGACUCCUUUGCUAAGAGAGCAGAAAUGUACUACAAGAAGAGACCGGAGCUGAUAAGCUUUGUAGAAGAAUCAUACAGAGCUUAUCGGGCAUUGGCUGAGCGGUAUGAUCACAUUUCAACAGAGCUGCAAAAUGCCAACAACACAAUCGCUACAGUUUUCCCUGAACAAGUGCAGUUUGCCAUGGAAGAAGAAGAUGAAGAAGUGUCUAAUGGGAUUCCGAGAAAGAUUCCUGAAGUUGCAAAGAAUGUCCCUAGUGCUCCGAAAGGUCCCUUUAAAGAGUUAAAAAAUAUCAUUACAACAGCAAAAGCUACAAAAAAGUUGCUUCCCAUAAAGACAAAAAAAACAGCAACUACCUCAACAGUUUCUAAAUCAGGUCUUAAAAGAGCUCAGGCAUUGGAAGAGAUCGAUCGACUUCAGAAAGAUAUUUUGGCCCUGCAAACUGAGAAAGAGUUCGUGAAGGGUUCUUAUGAGAAUGGACUUGCGAAAUACUGGGAAAUUGACAAUCAGAUCAAUGAAAAACAAGAAAUAGUGUGCAAUUUACAAGAUGAAUUUGGUGAGGGAAUGGUCAUUGAAGAUGAUGAAGCUAGAAAUCUGAUGGCGGCGGCUGCUUUAAAAUCAUGCCAAGAGACACUGACUCAGUUGCAGGAGAAACAGGAAAGAUCAGCUGAGGAGGCAGUAGUUGAGUCCCAAAGGGUUAAGAGUGUAAAGGAGAGGUUUGAGUUUCUCAUAGGAGAAUAUCACCAUAAUCAGACCAAUGAAAAAAGCCAACUUGGGAAAUAUGAAUUUAAGAGCUCAGCACCAGAAGCAUCAAAUAGCUCAUAUCAAGAAGCAGUGGCCAGUAAAUCAAAAGAGAGGCAAGAUAUGGAGUUAUUGCAAGCAAAAGUCAAGGAACAAUUCGACACCAUGCCAAACAAAUCUCUUACAGUAUCAGAAAUGGUAGAGAAGAUUGACGAACUUGUAAAUAAAGUGAUCACCUUAGAAACUGCAGUUUCAUCACAGGCUGCUCUUGUAAAGAGACUAAAAAGCGAAACUGAUGGGCUUCAAGUACAAAUUCGAACUUUGGAAGAUGACAAGGCUACUUUACAUGAUGGAAAUAAUAAUUUGAGCAGCAAGCUAAAGGAAAUGGAGGAAAAGUUGCACGGAAUUCAGGAUCUCAACAAAAGUUUUACGGAGCAGAACAUUAAUCUCCAAACGAAUUUCACUGAAGCACACUGUAAUCUUGAGCAUCUUUCUGGGAAACUGCAAAGCGUGAAGCCAGAUGAAGAGAUUGAUGCAUCAGAUUUAAUCAAUGAAGAAGUAGCAACUUUGCCAAAACUGUUGGAUAGUCUGGAAGAGAAGAAGAAUCCUUUUGAAGAUUUUGAAAUUCCACAGAAUGUAAAAUCAGAUGACAAAGCAAAAAUUACAGCUGUGUUGCAGGAGGAAACAUCUCCAGCAGAUUUAGGAUUUUCAGAAGAGUUACAAGAGAACAUAGUACACAGGGGUGACAGCUCUGAAGAAUACAGCAACUUUUUUGGUACUUCUGAUCAUAAUCAGCAAGAAGAUAUUUCACAUUACCAGGGAGAAAAGAAACUGCUAGCUUUAGAUGAUAAACAAGCCUCUUCAGAGACUAUUGAUAAUCUUCUCAAAGCAGAACCUACGGAAACAAGGGAAGAAGAUGAACAAGAUUGGCAGAAGCUGUUUUCACAAUCCGAGGGAGAACAGAAACUGCUUGCUGUAGAUGAUAAACAAACUCCUGAUGAUCUUCUCAAAGCAGAACCAAAGGAAACAAGGGAAGAGGAUGAACCAGAUUGGCAGAAGCUGUUUUUAAAUGGAAUCGGAAACAGAGAAAAAACUCUCUUAACUGAGUACACUACAACUCUUCGAAACUACAAGGACAUCAAGAAGAGGCUGACUGAUGUAGAGAAGAAAACCUUGGACAGCCAAUUUGAAACAUCCCUUCUUUUAAAAGAACUAAAGGGUGACAAUUCGAAAAAAGAUGAAGAGAUCAGAUCAUUGCGUUUGAAAUUAGGACUUCUACAAGAGACUUUGAAUGACGAAAACAGGAAUAGAAAUCUCAAACAAUUAGAAAACCCUGAAACCUCUGGCUCAUUGUCUGAUCUCAUCCUCACUGACGAUAAUCCAAAAUCCUUGGCAGAAAAUGAAGACAUCAAGGCAAUCCUAACCGAUCAAACCUGUACAUUGUCAGCAACUGAAGAGAAAUUCCGAACAAAGAUUGACGAAUUGCUGGAGCAAAACCUUGAAUUUUGGCUCAGAUUCAGCAGCUGCUUCCAUCAAAUCCAGAAAUUUGACACUGAAAUCAAAGAUUUAAAAUCAGAGAUAUCCAAAUUGGAUGAGAAAAAAAUGAAGGAAGACUCUAAUGAUACUAACACUCUUCAAAACCUACUCAAAUCUGAUGCUCGGCCAUUGUACAAACACCUCAGAGAGAUCCAGACCGAACUCAUAGUCUGGUUAGAGAAGAGCGGUCAGCUGAAGGAGGAACUCCAGGGACGAUUCUCAUCAUUGUGUGAAAUUCAAGAGGAGAUAACUACGGCGCUGAAAGCAAGUGCCGAGGCAGACGAUGACUUCUUCAAAUUCACAAGCUACCAAGCAGCAAAGUUCCAAGGUGAGGUUCUGAACAUGAAGCAAGAGAACAACAAGGUUGCUGACGAGUUGCAGGCGGGGAUGGACCAUGUGACAACGAUGCAGAUUGAUGUGGAGAAGACACUGACCACUUUGAAGGUGGACUUUUCCUUGGCUGCAUCUAAAAAGCAGAGCGAAAAUGAUAACAGUACUACUCCUCAGCUGAGGCAAGCGACUCGGGCUCGGAUUCCAUUGAGAUCUUUUAUCUUCGGAAUCAAGCAGCAGAAGAAGAGACCAUCCAUCUUCGCUUGUAUGACUCCCGCAAUGCAUAGGAAGUAUCAUGGUAUGAGAGCAGGACCUCCCCUUUGAAAUUCUUAUUUACUAGUUUGCUCGCCUUUUUCUUUUCUUUUUUUUUUUCUUUCCAAUUUCCUUUUGGCGGGUAAAUUAAGAGAAAAAUAUUUAUGUAUUCAUUAUUUAAGAACAUUUUAUUGGAUGGGAAAUUGAUAGAGAAUUUUUUUGUGGUUUGUAAGUUUGUAAUUAUCAAGUUAACAAUAACAAGUCGGUCUUUAAGAUGUUUUUCCUCAUUGAUUUCUAAGAAUCAAUUGUUGAUGAAAUGUGUUCAUUCAAA